AUGCGUGCCUUUGCGCGCAUAGGGGCGGGGCUUGUGUGUGACGCGAAGGGUCUUUUCGGUCUGUGCGCAGCUGCUUCAGUUGUAGUUUUUCUACGUGUUUUAAGAGAAAAAGUGAAUGAAGACAUCAGACAGAGAAGAGAAGUCCUCCUCCUCGGUUUAAGUCCAGCCUCACCCUCUCUCAGAUCAUCUCCAUCAUUCUCCAGCUGAGAUGUCGACUCCAGAUGCAGCAGGGACUCCAGGAGCCCCCGGGGCCCCGGAAGGUGAGGGGGGUCCUCCAUCUCAGGCCCCAAACCUGACGAGCAACAGACGACUCCAGCAGACACAGGCACAGGUGGACGAGGUGGUCGACAUCAUGCGCGUGAAUGUGGACAAAGUCCUGGAGAGAGAUCAGAAGCUGUCAGAGCUGGACGACCGAGCCGACGCCCUGCAGGCCGGAGCCUCGCAGUUCGAGAGCAGCGCUGCCAAACUCAAGAACAAGUACUGGUGGAAAAAUUGCAAGAUGAUGAUCAUCAUGGCCGUUGUAGGUGUUAUAUUUGUUGGCGUCAUUUUCUUGUAUUUCUUCCACUGAGCUGCUCUUCAGGGAUGGACGCACAAGUCACAGGACGAGUCUGCACCACCGAACGCCAAAUCCAAACUCUCCUCAGUGCUCCUCCACCCCAGCGAUGCCUUCCUCCAAAGCCUCCAUGCAUGCUCACGUAAUGUGCUCCACUACCUCCUUA